CAUCCAUUCGGUCAACUGUAGUCUUCUUCCCACCAACCCAAAAUUGUGACUUGUGACUUGUGAGAAAGGAUCGGAGAUUGAAAGAAAUUAUGGCGACUGAAGUAUCCGUUUCAAUUUUACUGAGGAAAUUACAGAAGCUGCUUGACGAGGAAAGAUUUAUCUUGCCAGGACUGAGAAAUCGUGUGGUUACUGCUGCCAACGAACUAGAAAAGAUUUUGUGCUUCCUCAAAGCUGCGAAGCCAAAUCAUGAGAAUACCAGUAACAGUACUUCAAUGGAGGCCUCGCUUCUGCGCACUAUUUAUUCUGCAGAGCACUUCACCGAAAGUUUCAUCCUACAAAGGAGACAAAAGGGUUUCAUUAAAUUGCCAUUUUCACCAUGGAGUCAGCUACAGUUCAGCUACAAAAUGAAGAAGUUGGUGCAGGGCGUGAGAGCUGUCUCCACAGAAGUUGGAAAGACGCAAGGCCAGCCUCUGGCUCUGGGAGGCAAGGCUGAUUCUAUUUCUGAAAUACAUGAAGGACAACUCUGCCGCCACCACCACCACCUUGUCGACGUCAAAAAGGAGCUUGUAGCUCGACUGAUCAACGACGAUGAGGUAAGUCUUCGUGUCAUUUCACUAGUUAGCAAAGAAACACUUGGAAAGACAAAUUUGGCAAAGGAUGUUUAUGAUAGACUAGAUAUUCAGAAGCAUUUUGAGUGGCGAGCCUGGCUUGUUGUUUCCGGAGAUCUUGAAUAUAAGGAUUUCUUGGUCACUAUACUAAAACAGCUUCCUAGAUGUGUAUCGAGUAACUCAGUAGAAACUAUGAGUGAGAAAGAACUGUCUGAUACGCUUUUACAGUUUUCAAUGGAGCAUAAGUUUCUCAUAGUUUUGGAUGAUGUCCAAACUGUUGAUGUUUCGCUCAAGCUUGUCCGUCUUUUAGCCGAUGCUGUCAAUGGAAGCAGAGUUAUUCUUACUACUCGAAACUUAAAAGUGGCAUUUCAAGUUGAUCCUCAGAGUUCUCCGCUCGAAAUAUGGCCAUUAAUUGAUCAGGAUUUGGAUGUACUUAUCGUUGGACGAGAAGAUUCGGUGAAGGAGCUUGUAUCUCGACUGAUCAAUCACAAUGAUGAAAGUCUACGUGUGAUUUCAGUCGUGGGCGAAGAAGCAAUUGGCAAGACUGCUUUAGCAAGGAAUGUUUAUAAUAGACUUGAUAUUCGGCAGCAAUUCCCGUGGCGAGCUUGGAUCCAUGUUUCCAGAGAUCUUGAAUAUAGGGAUCUCUUGCUCAUCAUACUAAAACAGCUUCCAGGAAUUGUAUUAAAGGACUUGGAUCUUAUGAGCUUGAAAGAACUAUCUGAUAUGCUUUUCAAAUUUUUGAUGGAGCAUAGGUUUUUAAUGGUCUUGGAUGAUGUCCAAACUGUUGAUGUUUGGCUCAAGCUUGUCGGUCCCUUAGCAGAUGCGGUGAAUGGAAGCAGAGUCAUUCUCACUACUCGUGACUUAAAUGUAGCAAUCCAAGUUGAUCCGUGGAGUUCUCCCCUCAAAUUAAGCUCAUUAAUUGACGAGAAGAGUUGGUCAUUGUUCUUGACGAAGGUUGGAAGACAAGAAUAUAAUACCGAAUUAAACGACGUCAAGGUGGACAUCCUAAGAGUAUGCCAUGGUUUGCCCCUAGCAAUUGUGCUGCUGGGAGGGGUUUUGUCAGCUAUAGAAUUUAAGAAUUGGUCAAGAACAAUUGAUCUUGCACUUGCACAACAAAAUAAAAAUCAAUCACCUCUCUCAAACAUGGUUGAUUUUAGCUAUAACCAAUUACCAUCUGUUUUAAAGCCUUGCUUCCUUUAUUUGUCUCUGUUUCCUAAAGCCUAUGAGAUCCCAAUACGGAGGUUGUUGCAAUUGUGGCUUGCGGAGGGAUUUUUUCAUUUCUUACCUGAUGAGAUUGUCCCUGAAGAUGAGGCCAAGAUAUGUUUUGAAGAGUUAGUGUGUAGAAACAUGAUUGAAAUAGCAAGAUGGAAGUCAGAUGGAAGCCCCAAAAUGUGUCGUAUGCCAAGUUUUCUCUAUGAUGAUUUCGUGCUAAAAGCUAAGGAUAUAGGAUUUCUUCACGUCCACCAUUGCAAGUCAGCUUGUACAUUUACAGAUUCACCUGAGUUUUACGUUCCAAGGCUUGCAGAUCAAUUUGGUGUGGAGUCUUCUACUUCAAAAGGUCACAUCCGACAGCUAUGUUCCUAUGUUUCUUUCAACUCCCAGAAGCGAGAUGCAUCCAACAGUGGAAUUGGUACGUUUCUUAAAACAAUGAUCAAUAGAUCUGGUUAUGUUCUGUUCAAGGUGCUUGAUCUAGAGGGUGUCUACAAACCUUUGCUACCUGCAAAACUCAGUAAGUUGCAGAAUUUAAGGUACAUAGGCUUACGAUGGACUGGUCUUGACUCAUGUCCAGCAUCAAUUGGGGAUCUACCAUGUCUAGAAACUUUAGAUUUGAAAUAUACUAAUAUAAUUACUUUGCCAAGUUCCAUUUGGAAGGCGAAGAAGCUUCGACAUCUCUAUAUUAACGAGAUGUCCAUUCAGAAACCACCAAAAGAGUCAUCACCCAACCUACAGAUACUAACGGAGCUAUAUAUUGGUGCUAACAGCCCCAUGAUAAGUGGUCUGAAAAUGUUCACUAACGUUAGGAAAUUGGGACUGACAUGCCAUUCAAAAUCAGCAGAGCAAACAGCCAAGUGUAUCUCACAAAUUGCCAACCUCCGAAGCUUAAGGUUGAAAUCAAGAGACCCAUUUGGCCAACCUGUUGUCCUUGUGUUGGAGCCUAUGAAGGGACAUCAGUCUCUCUCAAACUUAUAUUUGUUUGGAGUGAUAAAUGAUGCCAUAGAUAACCUUCCACGAAACCUCAGAACUCUUACAUUGUCUACGUCAGAACUAAAAGAUGAUCCAAUGCCAGUGCUAGGGAAGCUGCUGCCUCAGCUGAAUGUUCUCAGGCUUUUUGCUCGCUCUUAUUUAGGGUCGAAAAUGAAUUGUCUUGCCAGGCACUUUCCUAAACUUCGUGUCAUGAAAAUGUGGAUGCUAGAGAAACUAGAGGAGUGGAAGGUUGAGGAAGGUGCCAUGCCCAAUCUUGUAGAAUUAGAAAUUAGAGGUUGCAAAAAACUGAAAAAUUCAGAUGGAUUAGAGAAGCUGGCUUCCUUGAAGGAAUUGAUUUUAACGAAAAUGCCAGAGGAUUUUGUAGCAGAUGUUAGAAGAAAGUUGGGCAGAGGCAUAUUACUCACGAACAAGUGGGAAUUUUCUCCCUUGGAUGAUCCAUUCCUUAAGCUAGAUCAGAAAAGGCCAGAUGCACCAUCCACGAUCAAUUAAAGGAAAAGGCAGUGGACAGUUGGCAUUUGAUGUGUUCAAGGCUAUAUGGGUGUGUUUAGUUGAGUAGAAUUGUGAAGCAAGAAGCAAAACUUAAAUUUUUGUUGCAGUAUGUGGGUCAUAAAUUCUUAUUUGAAUCAGCAGACCAACUUAGAUUUAAAUUGCAGCCUGAAUCAUGAAUUCUUAUU